GUAUUUAUAGAAAAAUGGGUCUUCGGAGUACCAUUCCACAAGAAAACUAUUAAGAGAGAAAACCCUGCCAGUGUGUCCUAGUUUGACGACACAAACUCUGAUGACAGCACAUUUGCUGAAUUUCAGUAGCGAUGCACAGCCUACGGAUGUUAGCUACAGUCCUCUUGACGCCUUUUUUAGUUUCCUCAUUUUGGAAGGGAGAUAUUUAUCAGGACUGCCUGUUUUGAUGUGAAGCCUUUUAAGAGCUGGGAUCUUUUUCACCCGAGCGAGGCCGUGGUCUGCAGGGGUUUCCGCCAUCAUGGUAUAGAUGAGAAGGAUAUGGGGCAUCUGCUUGCUUGAUACCUUUCAAGCCUCACAGGAGCCUCACAGAAGCAAAGCAAAAUGAAGAAGUUUUUGCAAAAUCGGAAAGGGAGACACUCUCUCCGCCAGAGCAAGUCUGGCUCUCGCUAUGCAUCUAAAGAUUUCUUCCUGACAAUGCCAGCCUCCAAUCAGGGCUGGCCAGAGGACUUUGGCUUCCGCCUGGGGGGCAAUGGGCCCAGCUACAUCCUGUCUGUGGAGGAGGGGAGCAGUGCACACCUCGCUGGGCUGCAGCCAGGCGAUCAGGUCCUGGAGAUCGAAGGGCAGAAUGUGUCCACUCUCGGCACGCAGGCCCUGAUUGCCCUGGCCCAGGCCCAGAAGAACAUUCCUCCCAGCAUUGGCGUGGUGUCACGCAUACAGCAGAUAGACAUCACCCCUGGCCCUGAUGGUCGUUUUGGCUUCACUAUCGUUGGUGACUGCCCCCUGCUGGUGGAGGACUGCUCCCCAAACUCCCCAGCUGGGCGCAGUGGACUGAGAGCAGGAGAUUAUGUCAUGGAGGUGAAUGGGAUUCCUGUGCGGCAGCAUGAGACAGCCGCAGCCAUGAUCAAGGCGUCCCAGGGCCGCACGCUGCGGCUGGGCGUGCUGUGCAUGGCAAACCAGCAGAGCCGCGCUGGUGGAAGCAUUAAAGAGUUCCACCAGGGCGGUGACGGCCUGCGGCAGGACCGGAAACACAAGGCCAUUGAAUUUAACAAGAAGAUUGAGCAGGUCCUGGGAGACGAGCCCGAGGUGAAGAAUAGGCUGUUCUCAGUGCUAAAGCAGUACGCCACCGAGAGGAAGGUGGAAUAUUUGGCCGCCAUCCUGCCAGACAUCCUGACCACUGAGGAGCACCGUCAACUCAUUGGCAAUAUCAGGAUCUUCAUCCCCAAGAAGCACCGACAGCGCUUCGACGAGGUCGUCUCUCAAAGCCUGGCCAACCGGCUGUACCGCAGGAAGAGCCUGAAUGACUCGGCGCAGAACCGGCUGCACCGCAGCCGCAGCGAGGACCAUCCUGAGCGCCUGCAGGUGUCCACCAGAGCCAGCUCCGUGCCCCGGUCUGGCGGCGAGGAGGACGCGCCGCUGAGCAGGGGCUUGAGAAAGACGACCUCACUGAUCGCUGGGAACUCCUCUGGGGGAGCCAACCGCAGGACAGUGCGCAUAUUCAGAGGAAGCACGAGUUUUGGAUUUACGCUGCGCGGACAUGCGCCUGUAUGGAUUGACUCAGUCCUUCCAGGAAGUCCAGCAGAGAAAUCUGGCCUCAAACCUGGGGACCGGAUUUUAUUUCUCAAUGGACUGGACAUGAGGAACUGCUCCCAUGAAAAGGUGGUGUCCAUGCUGCAAGGCAGUGGUGCCAUGCCCACGUUGGUGGUGGAGGACGGACCUCUCACCUUCACACUGGCCGAGCCGGAGAAAGAGGACAUCCCCCAACGCUCUCGUUCCCGUUCCCGCUCUCCUGUGCUGAGCUCCCUGCAGUGGGUGGCCGAGAUCUUGCCAUCCAGCAUCCGGGUCCACGGGCGCACCUUCAGCCAGCAGCUGGAGCACCUCCUUACCCUUCAGGAACGAUACACCAUCUGCAAAGCCCUGGAGACCUUCUUCCAGCACAGGAACGUGGACACACUCAUUGUGGACGUAUUUCCCGUGCUAGAUACUCCAGCCAAGCAGGUGAUCUGGCGCUUCAUCUUCCAGCUGCUGACCUAUGAGGAACAGGAGCAUUGUCAGCAGAAGAUCUCUCGCUUCCUUGGGUACAGAAUGGCGGCAGCAGAGGAGGCUGAGGCUGGCCCAGACCCCCACAGGCGCAGCAGCUCUGUGAAAGUAACCGGAACCACCUACAAGACCAGUGUGCGUGAAAGGAGCACGGAUGACUCAGUCAUAGGCACUCACCUGGGAAUGGGAAUUUAUAGUAACUCUGUGGAGUUGGGGAUGAGGCUGGGUCCAGGAGAGAGGCAAUCCGGUGAUGGCACAUCCCUCCCAGAGACCUCAAACCUAAAGAACAUGUCAGGAGAAUAUGCCGAGAUCGAGAGCGUGACUGGGGGGGGGUCUCUUCUGAGUGACUCUCCACCUGCUCGAGAUGAUCUUUCUGGUCCAGAAGCCCAUGCACAGUCCCUCUGCCCCUCCAUGCAUACUAACAAAGGUUACGGAAAAUUUGCCCCCACUUUCUUAUGGACGGAACCCUUGCCCAGUCCCCAGUUUAGAGACUAUCCACAGGCUAUUCCCUCCCCAGGGAGCACUGAUCCUAAUCCUUACAUUAGUCUGGACAGCCCCCCACCUUCCCCGGAGCCUGAGGACUAUCCCCCCAGCCCGCCGUCCCGUCGGAAAAAGCUGUUCACCUUCUCACGACCACCUCGCAGCAAGGACACGGACAAGUUCCUGGAUGCCCUGAAUGAGCAGCUGGGCCACUCUGGCGUGAACGUAGAUGACUUCAUGGCCCUGGAAACAGAUUAUGAGGAGAUGAGCUUCCAGGAUGAGCAAGAGGCAAGCUACCUACCACACGAGCUGAGCAGCAAUGAGCAUCAGAGCAGUAGUGAAGAUGGGGUCUCCCUCACCUACUCCUCCAGCUCUGACCACAUUCCCCCGCCUCCCCAGAGCCCCCCGCCGCCCCCGCCCAUACAGUUUAAUGACCCCCCCCUGCCUGUCAGCUUCUCCCCAGAGCAUAUCCCUAGACCCUACUUGCCCUUCCAGCAUUACCCCAUUCCUCCACCACCUCCUCCCCCACGGGUUCACCUUCCCACCCGGCAGUCUUUGCACAAGAGGCCGCCGAGCGUUGAGGACCUCCAGGCCCAGCCGAUGCAUGCAUCUACCCUGCCCCAUGUUCCCCUGGUCUCCCAGGCCAGCUAUGCGAGUGACCCAGGUCUCCAACAAGUGAGCCAGCCUUACCCGGGUCCCCAGAGUUACCCGUCGCCCCAGGCGUCUCCCCAGCCCAUGCACCCGCUCGAGCGUGCCCAGCGCUCCAUCCAGCGCCACACGAGCCAUCAGGCCCACAGAACCACACCCAAACCUGCCCCCCAGUCACAGGUGCACUAUUCCCACCCAUCUCAGGCUGCACAUCAGCUCCACGAGAGCCCCCACCCACUUCUCCACCACGACGGCAUGAUGUCAGGUGACCUGAGCCCGUCGGGCUCUUUGCACCCGCCGCCUGUGCCCCCGCCACCCCCCCCUCCCUGCAUUCCCCCUCCAUUGCCACAGUCUACUCACUACACCCCAGACUCCAACCACAUGAGCGUGAAGCGGCUACGGUGGGAGCAGGUGGAGAACUCCGAGGGAACCAUCUGGGGGCAGCUCGGUGAGGACUCUGACUACGACAAGCUGAGCGACAUGGUGAAGUACCUUGAUUUAGAGCUCCACUUCGGAACACAGAGGAAGACCAUUUCUUCCCCAGAACCCACCAUCCUGCCCGAAACCUUUAAAAAGAAAGACGUGGUGGAGAUUCUUUCACACAAAAAGGCCUACAAUGCCUCCAUCCUGAUCGCGCACCUGAAGCUGUCCCCCGCAGAGCUGCGGCAGGUCCUGAUGACCAUGAUGACAGAGAGGCUGGAGCCCUCACACAUCAGGCAGCUGCUGCUAUACGCUCCCGACGAGGACGAAGUUAAGCAGUACGAGCCGUACAGCCACAAUCCCAGCAAGCUGAGCGAGCCCGACCAGUUUGUUCUACAGAUGCUGUCAGUUCCUGAUUAUAAGACACGUCUGAGAAGCCUCCAUUUCAAGACAACGCUGCAGGAGAAGACAGAAGACUUAAGGGUCAGCUACGAGUACAUUCAGAAGGCGUCCAUCGAGCUGAGGAACAGCAAGAGACUGGCCAAGAUCCUUGAGUUUGUGCUAGCAAUGGGGAAUUACCUGAACAACGGUCAGCCAAAGACCAACAAAACCACAGGAUUUAAAAUAAACUUCCUCACUGAGCUCAGCACGACAAAAACUGUGGAUGGAAAAUCAACUUUCCUACACAUUCUCGCCAAAUCAUUAAGCCAACACUUUCCAGAGCUUGUAGGCUUUGCCAAGGAUCUUUCAACUGUGCCGUUUGCUGCCAAAGUCAAUCAGAAAUCCAUUACAGCAGACCUUCACGAUAUUCAUUCAACUAUCAAGGAUAUCAGGAUCGCCUGCCAAAAAAUGCCUACUAAUGAUGAAGAUCACUUUGCUGCUGUGAUGAUUAGCUUCUUAGAGAACUGCCAUCCCACAGUGCAGUCUCUGGAUUCCCUGCAGCACCGUGCCAUAGAUGAAUUCUCCAAGGUUGCGUCUUACUUUGGAGAAGACAGCAAGGCCACCACCACAGAAGCCUUCUUUGGUAUUUUCGCUGAAUUCAUCUCAAAGUUUGAGAGAGCGCUUCAUGAGACCCAGGUUGUGGAAUACAGCAGGAGCUCCCACAUGACUUCACCCCUGGCCUGGUGAGAGCCGGCUGGCAGCCUUCACAUCUCACUCAUGCCAGUGUCAAGGGGACACACAGAGCACUUUCAUGACUACUGGAGAACUCACUUACCUCGGAGAAUAUCAGCUUCGUGUGGGAAAAUUAACAUAACUCCAUAUACAGUAUUUCAGACAUGUCUUGUCUGGUAAUAACAUCUAUUUAUAGAAGAUUGUUUUAUAUUUAAAUGUAAAGUGGGACGGCAGAUCAAGUGGCAGCAAGCGUUUAUUACUAGGAUCAUUCAAAGUGGGUUGAAACGCACAAGUCCAUUACAGAUUAUUUGAAAGACGCAGCUUAUCAGAUAGACACUGGAACACAACACAAAGAGUUAUUUUUCGGUACAGGAUGAACAAAUCAUUCAUACACUGGAUUGGCUGAAACGGUAUUAUGUCUCAGAGGUCGUACGAAGGACGAUCAGCUGUUUCUUUUCUUCUAUCGCCAAAGGAUGAUGAACUGUCAAACUGACACUUAUUUAAAAAAAAAAAAAAAAAACGAUGUAAAAAAUAAAAAUUGUUUAUAUGUCUACAGGUGGGUGAUAAGGUGCCUCACUGGCUAACAGUGUUGCGUAAAACAUGGAGAAUUACUGGAAUCACACCUCUGCCAUGUGAUGAUAUAUAGAGGUAGAAGUUGCUGGUUUUCCGUACGUUCAGAGCAGAGGUGGGAUAUUAACCCUCUGCAGGUGUGAGGAAACAGUCCAUCCAUUAUACUAACAUAGUAUAAGGCCACUAACGUUUAAUUCAGAAAUGAAGAAUGAUGGUAUAAUCGUACAUUAUACAUCGCAGUAUAACAUAAUACACUACAUCAUGGACUAAAGGUACAAGCAAAACAAUAUGAACAUUACGAUACUUGCAUAGCGUUACUGUUUCACUGGAAUGUCCUUUGCAAUUGAUUUUUAUAACUGGAUAAUGAGACCAUAUUCAUAUAUCACAGUAGUAUACAAAAUGUUCAACCCAAUUUUUAUUUGUUGAUAAUUUAUUUUUUGCAUAUUAAGCUGAGGUUAAUACAGCAAUGCACACACAGUCAGAGACUGGGAUAUGAAAAUAUUACUGUGAUAUACCUGUGCUGGUUCUCACCCCUUGCCUGAGUAUUAUGCAUUAUAACCUCCUUCACAGCUUCAGACACUGGAAAGCGCAAGUAUGUGAAGCCCAACAGGUCUUACUGUGCAUGCAGUCGUUUUUCAUUUUUGGUAUUGCUUGAUGUGCUUCAGGUUUACAGGAAUGAUCUUCUGUAGUGCCACAAAUAAUAAUAUAACUUAAGAAGCCCAUGCUAUUUGAUAAGGCGGUAUGUGGCCACCGCGUGCCAACACCUCCAGCCAAAGGUAAUAGGUAUUAUUUUCACUGGCUACACCUGAGAAUUUCACUGGACAACUGCGUACAAGCAGUGUCCCAACAACAUCAACGUAGCAUUAAAACUAACCUGCUUUAUUUCCGGGCAGCUCAAUACCUGCUCUUAUGGAUUUGUUCAAAUAAAACAGAAUUGGAAAUGAUACAUUUUGUUUUAAAAUCCAUAUAGCUGACAUAAACAUUUUGGCAUAUAUCUCAUGGAUUCUCAGAAUAUAUGUUAAUAGGUUAUAGAUUAACUUUCAUAAUUUCAGAAAGAAAUAGAACUCUUAGCGUUUUCAGGUUUAAUGAUCAGAUCAUUUUACAAAUUCUAAAUAUGGUUAGUUAAAUGAAUUUAUUUGAAUAUAGAUUAAUUUAUUCAACAAUAUAUUAAAUAUAAAUUGAAAUCAAACUGUUUGCUGCUUUUACAUUUUUUUUUGUUAAUUUUAUGUUUAAGUAGAGGUGUGCUGCUACUGUGAAAUGUUCAAUAUUGGUCUGAAAUAAUACAGGCCACAUUAUGGCUUGUGAUACAAGAUACCUAUUUUGUAUUGUGUACAGCAAAGACAGCUAGUUCUGGAAAAUAAACAUUCUAUAUGUAUUCUAA